AUGACGAAUGCAGGAUCACAGAGGGUGGCUUCCUUUCCAGUGGAGGAGCGGUUAGUACCUGGCACUACCAACCCUACAAUGAUGAGCAUGGUGUUUAAAGAAGAGCUGAUGGAGGAUAGCGAUGGGAUCUGGCUUAUGGAGUCUGAUUACACACAAGCCGACCCCAUCAGUCUGAACACUUCCGAGUCUGAUUACACACAAGCUGAUCCUGAGCAUAUCAACUCAAACUAUGAGCCGGAUGAGGACGAGGAGGAAACAACCAACUCCUUAGAGAUCUCACCACCCCUUCCCACUCUCUGGUCAUACCGAUCCCGUUUUACUAAUACUCAGGUUACCCCGAGGAAGACUACGACGAUCCCUUCCCGAAAGAGACCAGCAUCCCCACCGGCAUCCCUCCUUCCAUCGAAGAAGCAUUGUAGUGACUAUUCAUGGAUGCCUCAGAUUAGAUCAUGGAAAAAGGAAGAUGUUCGAUUAAGGUGUCUAAGCCCAUAA